CUGAGGUUAAAAAUGACCAAAUUAGAUACACAGUUGGAAGCAUAGUGCAGUUAGCUCAUUAGCUUUUUAGUGAAAUCUAACAAGAACCACUGAAAAUACGUUAUUAGAAUAAAACUGACCUCAGAGAGAGUAUGUACAUUGCUUAAAAAAAGGAGAUAAAAAGAAAGCUUGCAUUCACCACACUCAGUUGCAUUCCUGCUCCUUCCAGUUUCUCCAUUUUGCUUUUACUCCAUGUCCACAUUGCAUAAACCAUGUCGUAUAUGUCCCCUUUCACAUUGUCACAUGCUCUCAAUCAGAAGUUUCAUUUUGGAUGGAGGACUUCAACCCUUACCAGCAAAGAUGUCUAAGGAAAAUGAAAGCAAACGAAGUUCAGUAAGAAUCAGUCAUUCUCUGAAUGAACCUGAGAAAGAUCAUGUGACCAGCAGGAGAGUUUCAGUUCUGCAGUGUCUUCUACAGCACGACAUACAAUGUAGCCUGUCUUUACAGGAUGAGGUCCCCAACAUCGCAUUGCUGGGUUCUGGAGGAGGUGAGAGAGCCAUGCUGGGUUUGCUGGGAUCACUGGUCCAACUGGACAAAGAGGGCCUUUUGGACAUCAUGUUGUAUCUGGGUGGGGUCUCAGGAUCAACCUGGUGCAUGGCAUCUUUAUACAAAGAACCAGAUUGGUCCAGCAAUUUGGAGAAAGUGAAAGAUGACAUUAUACAGAGACUUGUUGGUGCUGAAAUCAGUUUCAGGGACAAACUGUCUACACUCAAAAAAUACUCCCAAAAAGACAAUUUCAGUCUGACUGACAUCUGGUCAGCGCUAGUUAUAAGUAAGAUUGUCAAAGAGAUAGACGAGCAUGCUGUCACUGAUCAGAGGAGUCAACACAGCAAAGAUCCUUAUCCCAUCUACUCAGUGAUCGACAAGCAGAGCUGUCGUGAUAAACUGAAAGCAGAUAUCUUUUUUGAGAUCACUCCACAUGAGGCUGGCUACUCCCUCACUGGGGCCUUUGUAGAUUCCUCCUGUUUUGGAUGUCAGUUCGACCAAGGGUGUAAAAUUAAUGACCAGCCCGCAAUGGACAUGUUGUACCUGCAAGGUCUGUGUGGCAGUGUUUUUGCUGACAUUAUAAAUAUACUGGAGCAUCUAUCAAGUGAAAUCAAAAAAUUAUUUUGCCAUGAGUCAGAUGUGAUGUGUUACCACGCACCUUCUGGAAAAGAACAAACAGACCACUUACUCAGCAGUGCACAGGUGGACGAGGUUUGCCAAGGGCUUUUGACACUUGUGGAACUAAAUCUUCUGGUUUUAAGAGAGGAGGACCCUUCAUCACACAUUGAAAUACUUUAUGACUUACUAAGAGGAAAGCUGAAUGAAGAAGAAUAUGAGAAAUUAAUUAUGUUAGACAUGAUGUCAGACGGAAUGGCUAAGAAGAACAUUGAAAAACACACUCUAUAUGUAUGCAAGCUGUAUACAGACUGGUUUCAACAUCAGAAUUACAACAGUACAUGGACUGUCAUUGUAAAAUGCAUUGAGUUAGUUACUCUCUGGAUCUGGGGCACGACUUACAACUUUCUCUACAACAUGACAGCAGAGGAUAUUUCUCCCCAUAUCCUGAAAAAGGAGACGAGACAUUAUGAAGAUGCUGGAAUCUUCAUUAACUCGCCCUUUUUCUCAGUGCUGAGGAAAGAGAGGCACAUCGAUCUCAUUAUCUCUCUUGAUUUUAGUGAUGAUGACCCAUUCGAGACAGUGGUUAAGACUGCUGAAACGUGCAAAGAACUACACAUUCCUUUUCCUAAAGUUCAGGUAUCCGAGGAGGAUAAACGUGCUCCAAAAGACUUUUAUGUGUUUGAAGGGCACAGCAAUGCACCAAGUGUAAUUCAUAUUCCUCUUUUCAACACAAUUAAUUGUGGAGGAGAUAUUAAAAAGUGGAAGGAAAGGUAUACAACCUUCCAAAGAUCCUACAGCUGUCUAAUGAUCUCUGAUCUGAUGGAGAAAGCUGAGAUGAACAUCAAAAACAACAAGGUAGGCCUUCUGAGAGAGAUUCAGAAAGUCAUCAACAAGAGGUCAACCAACCAAACACUGGACUAAUGAUUAUGCUUGUAAGCAUAUUCUGUCAUGUCGAACUUGAUUUUUAGUCUAGGAAAAUACAUCAAUCAACCAAUCAAUCAGUCCUCACAAGAAGGUCUUCUGUAUUCUUUUUAUUUCUUUUUCACACUGGAAUGAUCUGUAGCCAGCUGUUAUGCUGCAUACACCAUCACCUAUGGUACUUACUGUACGUCUGUGUUAAAGCAUAUCAACUUUAUGCUCUUUCCUUUUAUCUUGUGCUUUUAGUAACUGAAAUAAUUCUUUACACAUUCAAUUCUUGCCAUCCCUCAUUCUGAAAAUGACUAAAUGGCCAAUUCCAUCUUUUUUCUGCCACUUGCUGGACUUACCCUUUGCUUUGUGUUAUUGGGAUUUUUACGUUGUUUUACAUUACAUUUCUAGCUCUAAGUCCAAUUUGAAAAUGUAUAUUUACAAAAGAAAAAAAAAGUAGUUCACUAUGAUAAGCUUCCUCAUUUGUUCUGUGAUCAACCUCAUUAUUCAUGUGGUAAUGCAUCCUCUUUUUUUUUCUCUCUUCCUAAAUUUGUUCCAUAUUCCAAAACUACCUAAAUUCAGGGGUGUGGCUGAAUCAUUGUGGUUAUGUAACACCACCCUGGUAUAUGUACUAGCUUUUCUUGCUUUUAUCCAACAGAGGGAAGCAAAUAGUGGGUUUUUAAAGUGGUAGGGUUUGUUUGUUUCAUCUAAAUAAUGUGAGAACGUGAGGGAGAUAUAAACACAGGUACACUGAGGCCCUCUAAAAAAAACAAGAAAGAAUUGUUGAGAUUUUAAUUUUUAGGGAUUCAUAUUUAAAAUUUUAUAUUUUGCACACAUUAUCUGAUAUGAAGCGAGUAAUGAUCAGAGAAUUAAGGAUUCAACUUAAAGGAAUAUUCCGGGUUCAGUACAAGUUAAGCUCAAUUGACAGCAUUUGUGGCAUAAUAUUAAUAUUAAUAAUGAAUUGAUUACCAUUGAUUAUUCCAAUUGUCCUUCCUUUUCUUAAAAAAAAAAAAGCAAAAAAAGCAAAACUCUGGGUUACAAUGAGGCACUUACAAUGGAAGUGAAUGGGGCCAAUCUGUAAAUGUUAAAAUACUGUUUUCAAAAGUAUAGCCACAAGACGUAAACAAUAUGCAUGUUAACAUGCCUUAAGUGUGAUAAAAUCACUUAAGAACUUUUUCUGUGCAAAGUUAUAUUCAAUUUUACAACUUCGUUGCCAUGACGACAUAACACCAGAAACCCUAAAAUGACAAUUUUAACAACUUAACAGCUCAAAAAAUACACAAGUUUUAACAGAAGAAAUAAUGUAAGUGCUUUUAUAAAAUGAUAAGCUUCACAUUUUUGCCUUUAAACCCUCCAAAAAUGUGCUCCAUUCCCUUCCAUCAUAAGUGCCUCACUUUUACUUCAAUUUUUGCUUUUUUUUUAAGAAAAGGAGGGAGAAGUCCAAAUUAUUUUUGUAGUAAUAAACACUAUGCAACAAAUGCUGUCGAUUGAGCUUAACUUGAACCUGGAAUAUUCCUUUAAGAAAUGCAUUUUUUAAUUUCAUUUGAAUAUAUCACAAAUCAUAUAUCAUGAAAACUUAUCACUGUAUAAACAAUCAUAGGAUUCACUGAUUAAAUAAGAUUUUCACUAGGCCAUUUAUCCAGACCAAUGAAGAUACUGUAUUCAUACUGAAGCAACUGUUAUACUAAGUCAAAAUAUAUUAAUACUCUCUGAUGUUUUUAAGACCUGUAAUAAAACUGACUAAAUACAAAUGU